UAAAAAUGGACAAAAAUAAAAUGAAUCUGUCUCUAAAGAAGGAAAUUGCAAAAGGAGUUGACAAGAGAAAGAUCAUCCAGGCUAUCCACAAGCAAGUUAUGGAUGAGAAACUCAAGAGGCAGAGGGCCUAUGACAUCCAUCUUGAGAAAGCUAGAGCUAUAGAGGACAUGAAAUUAAAAGAGUACAUGCAGAAGGAAGCUAAGAAAGAACGAAAGAGGGAAAAAAUCAAACAGGAAAGACUCAAGUAUGAUGACUUUAUCCAUAACUCCCAGUAUUCCAGAGACGUUAAGGCCAAAAUAUAGAUGUGCAGAACAUCUUAGAUAGGCAGCAACAGGCCAUAGAUGAGAAGAAAUAGACAGCAUCAGCGAAGAAUGUCGAGGAAAAGUUCAUACAUUGCUGAGCAGAGAAAAGAACGACAUAAGAUAUCCGAGCACAAUCUGGAUCAAAUUUCCAGAAACAUUCAGAAGGCUAAGACCAGAGCUGAGAACAUUAAGAAUUACAAGAUUAAUAAAAUUCUUGAAAAGGAGCGGAAAGAGGAAGAGAAACUAAAAGAAUACAAGAUCAAAAAGUCUUUGGAAUACUUCGACAUCAGGCGAAAGUAUGAUUCAAGAUCAAUGAUUGCUUCGUCCCCAGAGGAUGAUAGGUUCCGCCAAAUCGUACAGAAGCAGUUAUCAAAAGUUCCUUCCCAAGAUGGUUCUAGGAGCAACUUCCAGUUGUAUAAGAAUGCUGGUCAGACUCAGAGAAAUGGAGGAACAAUCAAGGGACAGAUUAGCAUCCUUGACGAUGACAGGAAAACCAGGUACCUCAAGAAACUAGAACAGAAAGAGAAGUCGUACUGGGACAACAAGAGAAAUGAGAAACUCCGCCUUAAGAAGUUCCGCGAAUGGGAAGAAAGGAAACGUGAAGAGAAGCAAGCCAAAGUUGCCCAGAAGGAUCAAUAUAUUGAUCUACUCAAGCUGUAUAAAGAAGAAGACCAGAGAAUCAGGUCUAUGAUGCGAGGAACUAGCAAGCUGACUCUUUCAAAAAGUGGCUUUGGAAGUGAUUAUUACGGUAGCCCAGGAGGCUCUUACUACUCUCCUAAGACCAUGGUCCAAAAAUCCAACAAGAAGAUGCUUCUGGGUAAAAACAAUAUCACACUGAGAUAAUAACAAAGAAUUUUCAAUA